GACAGGUGGUCUGCCAGGCGGCUCCAAACCCAGAAAUGCAGAGAAAAGAGAUCCAAUUCAAAGCCUGUCGUAAGCCACCGCCGUCGCGUAUCAUUCUUCUUUCUAGUUUCUAGUUUCAUAGAACUCAGUAAUUAUCUGAUUUUCUCCCCUCAAUUUCGUACUGACAUUUCCUGGGAGGAAGAAUAUGUUUCCUGCAUUUAUUUUCUUUGCAGCACUCUUGCUAUCUUCCUUGAACCUUAAUUGCAGGGUGUUAGGGGAGGUUCCGUAUGGUGAUGCGAUAUGCCAAUAUCCAUGCCAUCUCUCACCACCCCCGUCCCCACCACUUUCUGGGUAUCCUUCAUAUGGAGUUACACCACCACCCCUCCAUUCCAGCUACCCCUCAUCUGGAGCUCCACCACCUCCUCCGCCACUUUCUAGCUACCCCUGCUAUGUAACUCCAACACCACCUUUUCAAGCUCAAGGUAAUUGUCCACCUGCUUCAAUCCAGAGCUGCCAAUAUCCCCCUCCAAAUCCUUAUACAUUUCUUCCUGAUGCAAGUCGUUUGGCUUCACCUCUCCAGUCCUUCGUGAUCCUGAUAGUGUCAUUGGUUGUUCUGUUCUAGGUCAGUGAGCUAUUUUCAGUAUGUAUGUAUGUAUGUAUGUAUGUAUGUAUAUAUAUAUAUAUAUUAAAGUAUGUGCCUAGAAUAUCUUAAGUAUGUUGCUCUAAUGUUCUUUUGACUUGUUUGUAUCCGAGUUUAUUGUCACCGCUGAGAAUAUAAGAAACUUGUGCUUUAUGUCCCUUUAAUAUGGCCAUGAAUUUCAGGUUAUGUUUACCUAGACAUGCGGCAUAUUUCUUGAUUUUUUCCCAGUUCUGGUGCUGAUUAAUGUUGCAUGCAUCUCUGGAAGCGAUGGGUUCUGGCUGGUGUAAUCUGACAAAUACCAUAGGGUCUCUGGCUCUCUCCCAAGUUGCAGAAAGCUUAGUUUGGAUUCAGCACCUGGUUUCUGAUUUUUAUUUUAUGGUUUUUGUUUGUUGUUAUGUCUCUUCACUUGUAGUCUUGUCUAUCCAAUGCGACUUCCAUUCUGCUGUUCGAGACGAUGAAUAGCAUCAUCUCUUGUUCAUCGUUCUCUUACUAAGUCAAAAAGCCAUCACCAAAUUUCCAGCUAUAUUUUUUGCUUGUUUGUUGGUCUCAUUUGAUGUUUGGAGCAAAUUAACUCGCGCAUUUAUAUUAAAUUUACUUUUCAAUC